UUUCAAAAAAAAUCCUCUACUUUGAAUCAUAUAUAAUUUUAACAUUUUAAGAGGAUAUUUAUAUAAAUACGUAAAAUUUAUUUAAAAAUACAAUUUGUAAAAUUUGGAGAAUCGAAUUAAAGAAAGAAUUUUUUAUUGGAAAAGUUCUUUGAUGAUACAUUUAUAAUUAGCUUAUAUUUAUGGUCAAACCCAAAUGAUUAUAGCUCAACAGCUUUUAUUCAUUCAAUCAUCAGACUAUUUCAAAUGAGUUUGUUUGGAGCAUAAUAAGUGAUUUCUCAGAGCCUUAGCAUUGGUUUUGGAGUUUUAAGUUAUUCAAUUAAAUUUUAAACAAAAAUGGAGAAGAAAACUAUCUAUAUCAUUUUUACCGUGGUGGAGUUGGUUCUGGCCGUACUGCUAUGGAUUCUCCAUUAUGGAUCAUUCCGUGCUGGUGGCAAAAUGGAGUUUUUCUUCGUGUCGGGUGUGUUCGGAGGUUACAUAUUUGUGACAAUUGGUAUGUUGCUGAUGGUCAUCCUCAGUGAAGAAGAGGAAGGCAUCACUAUGCUCUAUUUUGUGAUCUGCGGAGCGGUUGUUUACAUAGUGGCUGCUCUUUUCACCUUCAUGACCUACACUGACAGCGAUAUCAAGAACCGACUUUUCCAAGACGGCGACAAACUGCUGGUAAAAACCAUCCUUGCCGCCGUACAAGCUGCUAUAUUCAUCAUAGAUGCAGUUUACAGGAUCAUGAACCGAUAGACUUUUGAAGCUAUAAAUCUCUAUCAAACAAAUUCUAGUGCAAAGAAGCCCACCCGACAAACUUCUAAAAAAAAAUGAUUAAAGUGUAAACUUUCCUUAUCGAUAUAGACUACUGAAACGUCAAACUAAGCAUGACAUAAAAAUCAAUCAAAGUGCAAGACACUCUCAGUUUGUGAUAUAUUGUACAAAAGUACUGAAAUUUGAGGAUGAUAAUGGAGAACAUAAAAUCGUUGAAAAAAAACAUUGAAAUGAAAAAAACUAUCUUUGGAAGUCAUAUACAAGAAUUUGAUGUGAAUUCGUCUAGGAUUCAAUUUAAUUCUCAAUCUUAAAAUUCAUCGAGUGAGAAUAUUAACAUUCUGAAUUACCCAUAACUGGAACUUUGGAUUACAGAAAUGUAUGUAUAUUUACAGAUAUAGUGUCAAUAAUACUGUAUUGUCCAUGUUCUUGAAUUUUCAAAUUGUAUACGUGCUGUGAAUCGUAAUAAAUAAUGUUAUUGGCCAA